AUGGCCGACAGGACCUCACGACAGGCGCCGCCCCCGCCGGGCGCCCCGCGACGACAAGUCCGGAGGAACCUCUUUCAGGGCCUGACGAGGCGGCCGACGGGCCCCACAGGGGCCCCCGUGGCAUCGAGUUCGAGUGCUGCUGCUGCCCUCGGAGGAGGGGUAGGGGUUUCGGUUUCCGCUGCUGCGGCCGCAGUCGCCGGUGGUAACGGCAUGGUGACGGGCGCCGUGAGCGGUUCGUCGUCGGGGGGGACCUCGGCCGAGACGCUGCGGCUCGACGUCGAUGUGCUCUCGGACGCCGGGCCUCCCACGGGAGCGGCGGUGGCAGCGGGACCGCUCGAGAUCGUCGUGCGCGACGAGCAUGGCGAGGUUGAGCUGGGCGAGCUGCCGACGCUGGUCUUCGACGAGGCUGACGAGGUGGCGGCGAUGGAUGACCGAGAGGAGAGCAACAAAGAGCGGCAGAGGCUGGCGGAGGCGGUGAAGCAGCAUCAGGUCAACCAUACUGCGGUCCGUGAGCAGCCUGAAGAGCUGCUUGAAGCUGUCAAGGCUAGUCUUCGGGCCAAGGUCGCUGCUCUCGCCGAAGACAAUUGGAUGUAUGAGGCCGAGUCAGAGCUGCCCCGUGCCUUUUGA